ACAGCUGCUGAUGAGAGCGUUCAUCAAUCUUGAAACAUGCCAAAUGUGUUCAGUGGCCAUGAACUGGUCCUGUCGGUGAUCUUUGCUCUGAUUGGUGGAGAUUGUGUUUACAUCACAGGAGGGUUAGAGGUUGCAUAUCUGAUGUGAUUUACCAGUGUGAAAGUAUUCAGACACUUUCUCCCUCUAAAAGUGAUUUCUGUCUGUCCGGUUGUCGUCCCCCGCCAUGGUAGACAUGCGACUCUCCACCAUCGGUUUUUUGUUGGCUGUGGUGUCCAUGACCUCUGCCUCAGUUGAGGAGGAGAACCCAGAGUUCUGGAGGAGUUCAGCUCAGAGUACACUGCGUUCUGCUCUGGACAGGAAACUCAACACUAAUGUGGCCAAAAACAUUGUGCUGUUUCUAGGAGACGGUAUGGGUGUGACCACCAUCACGGCCGCCCGGAUACUGAAGGGUCAGUUACAGAACCGCACAGGAGAGGAGACUGUCAUGAAUAUGGACACAUUCCCAUUUGUGGGACUUGCAAAGGUGUACUCUGUGAAUUUUCAGAUUCCUGACAGCGCAGCGACAGCUACAGCGUAUCUAUGUGGAGUCAAAACUAAUCUGAACAUUGUUGGUUUGAGCGCAGCCGCUCGCAACGGUAUCUGUCGCUCACAGAAGGGCAACGAGGUCACGUCCAUCCUAAAAUGGGCUAAAGACGCAGGCAAGUCUGUUGGCAUAGUGACGACAACACGCGUUCAGCACGCCACCCCUGCUGCUACAUAUGCCCACAGCGCCAGCCGAACCUGGUACAGUGACGACGAUCUACCGGCGUCUGCCAUCACAGAGGGAUGUACAGAUAUCGCAUCGCAGCUGCUCAGAAACACUGAUAUUGACGUGAUCAUCGGUGGAGGCCGGAAGUACAUGACCCCUAAAGGGUUUCCCGAUCCGGAGUAUCCCACUGACCUGAGCGCACAGGGACAGAGAAAAGACCAGCGCAACCUCAUAGAUGAGUGGAUAGCCAUGAAAGAGGGAAAGGUUGCCAGAUACGUGUGGAAUAAAACCAAUUUUGACGCAGUGGACCCUGAAAAGACGGAUUAUCUGAUGGCCCUGUUUGAACCCGGUGAUUUGAGGUUUGAUGUAGAGAGAGACAGUCGCAUGGAUCCCUCCAUCACAGAGACCACCGAGAAAGCCAUUCAGAUCCUGAAGAAAAACCCCAAAGGAUUCUUCCUGCUGGUGGAAGGCGGCCGUAUUGAUCAGGGGCAUCACAGCAGUCGUGCAUCCAUGGCGCUACAUGAGGCGGUUGCCCUUGACAACGCUGUAGCCCGGGCGCUGGAGCUGACCAAUGAGGAAGAGACGUUGACAAUCGUCACGGCUGACCACUCCCACGCGUUUACCUUUAACGGCUACCCAUUCAGAGGAAACAGCAUUCUGGGUAAAUCUCCGGUCUUUGGCCUGGACUUUCUACCCUUCACUACUCUGAUGUACGGAAACGGACCAGGACACAAAAUCGAAAACAACAAGCGUCCAGACAUCCGCAAAGUCGACACCACCAAUAAAGAUUACAUUCAGCAGUCAGCUGCCCCAAUGGAGUCUGAGACUCACGGCGGCGAAGACGUGGCACUGUUGGCACGUGGUCCCAUGGCACACCUAUUCCAGGGGGUUUACGAACAGAGUUACAUCGCACAUGCCAUGGGUUAUGCAGCCUGUGUCGGUGCAAACCAGCAACACUGUGCUGCGACUGUUGAACCUGAUGCGACCCGGUUCACAGUGACUGACCCCGGGAGCUCCGCCCCGGACACGCCCCUCUGCACCAUGAUGACAGUGAUGUUGAGCGCAUUGUUGACUGUUUUAUUUCAAUAAGAGAGGGACAAUAGCAGUUAUUCACCAAUUCAUGAUAGUGUGGUUCAGAAACAAAUUAUGUAUAAAGAUUGCAUUAAAAGUUUUGUGGCAUUUCAUUUUUUGUCUGUGAGCUUUGAGAUCUAAUUGUAAUAUACUUCUAGAAGUUGGCAAAAAUGUACUUAUAGCCUGCUAAAUGCAUUUGAAAUUUACAGUCUUUCCCUUUCAGGAAAUCUGAGCAAAAAUAUCGAAGACUCAUCUUGCACUAGGGGGCGUUUCAGUUUUGUCCAAAGAAUUUUUGAGCCCAUUUCAAAUGGAAACACAGUAAAGGAAGCGGCGCUCAUCAAGCCAUUUUAAUGGGAUCUUAAGUUGCGUUUCUGAAAUGUGACAUAUUUCCGAGUGAACCGGAAUGCUCAUCUGUAAGUAAUGUUGGCCGGGACUUGUUUUAUAUCCAUCAGGUUUGAUUAGAUCUUAAAAAGUGAGCUUUGACAUCACUGGAUAAUAUUACUUUUCCCCACCCACACAACCUUGGUGAUGUCAGCAGAAAAGAAAAGUCAUUUUCAGAGGUGGAGAUUCACUGUUGGAUCGUGCACAAUUAAACCAGUGGCAUUUAUUAAGAUUUUGAUUUCAUGUUGACUUCAAGCGUAAAUUUAAGCUCAAUUUGUAUUCUCACUGAUGUAAAUAUUUCAUGCAUAAUGCAGUCUGUCAGGUAGACGUGAGAUCAGAGUAGAUUGGACAGCCGUUUGUCGCUGCAUACACUUCCUGUUUGAUUUUGUGUGUUGCUGAUCAGCGUGGCUAAUUAAAGAGAGGGGUCGGUG